GGCCGAUCAAGGAAGUAGAUCGAUAAUUACUCCUGGCCACAAGUGUAGUGGAGCGGGAGAGAACCAGAUCGAAGCAAAAAGGCGAUGAGGACGAACCAACACGUGAAAUGCGGGAGACAAGCCUGCUGACCCGGUAGAGAGGGGCGAGUAAAUGAGGGGGUCAGGGCUGCUGCGCAUGUCGGGCAUUCACGGGGGAACUGAAAGGAGGAGGAGCACCAUCCGGAACGACGAUCUUCGGCACCAGCGCGACUUAUUCGAUUGAUCAGAUGAGAAUGCCCCACCACCACGAAUACGAGGAAGGCGCUGCUUUCGUACCGUUUGCGGAUCUACCGGGGCAUCGAUCUAACGUUCGCUCCUGGAGGCUCUCAAUCGCUCCAUCUUCCUCUCUUCUCGUCUCCUCUUGCGCUCUUUGGCUUUCCCCCCAGGCUUGCAGUGAACUGAUUGUCGGAGCGUGCGUCAUUUGGUGGUGGAGUGGUUCGAUUUUCCCGUGUGGAGGGGUUGGGCUGUGCUGAACUGGGCUCGCCUUGCAUGUCAAUGCCUGUGAUGGUGUGGGCGGCGUACAUCGCCUGAGGCUCAGACUGGGGUUGAGGCUGAUCGACCCCGCAGGAUAGUCUUCAGUGAGGAUUUUAAUGUGGUGGACAUGGAACAGGGAUUUGGCGUAUCGCUGCUAGGCGCGUGAGUUCACAGCGCACUUUCAGAGACAGAGUGAGUGGUUUGUUAGUUUGGAUCGAGGAGGAAGUAUUUGCUAGAGUAAAAGAGCCAUUCUCAAUGGGGAAGCGUAGGCAAUACGUGAAGACCACGAAGUGUGACCACAGAUUACCCACCAUUGAAGAGACGGAAGAGCUUGGCGUUGCAUGGAAACCAAGCGUCGCGACGUCGCAACUGCGACCGUGGAGUCCCAAUGUUGUGUCGAGAUCCCCGGAGGUCGAUCUUGAAGACUGCUCCGGCUGGGGAUUCGAUUUCUUCAAGACGAAACUUGCAAGGCUGAAAGAGUUGCGGCAGACGCUGGAACCGCACGCCAAGCAACUAGAGGAGAAGAUCAAGCAGUCGUAUGGGGAGGUGACGGAUUUCGUGUGCUCGAAGUCGAAACAGGUCAGCGCUGUACAGAUUGUGUGGCCACAUCUUCAAUUCCGCAGCGCCGUCGACCCGAAGUAACGAGUUAUGGCGUUAAUAGUGUGUCAAAUUGCGUGGACAAGAAUCGGAGACGGUUCUUUUUUUGUAGGGAUUUCUCUUUGGAGAUUUGCUUAAUUAUGCAGAUCAGACUUUCCAGUUUUGUCCGACGGCCAUUGUUCUAAUCAAUCGCAGAUCGAUGAUCUGUUUACUGUACCAUCCUCGCAACUACGAAUAUCAGAUUCUUAAUAUUUGAUGAGGAUAGGUUUGCCAGUGUCUUUUUACUGUUAUUUCCCUCUGGGAGAAAAUGUAGAGAUAAAAUACUAUCCAAUGUUUGCCACGAAAGCUGUCAAUGAAUGGAAGCUAUGACUGGACAUUACUUCAGA